AAAUACAAAACUGAAAAAGGAAUGGGAAAGUGCCCCCUUUUUUUCAAAAAUUGCAACUUUUCUUCGGCCCUUUCAAUCAUCAGAAAGCUUCUCCCUUUGGAAUUAUCCAACUAAAAAUCUGAAAACUUUUUCGAGAAAUUUUGAUGAACCCUACAAUUCUCUCUUGCUACUGUAAUCACCAACCAGAAACACAAAAAAGAUCCGUGUGUUUAUAGACGAACAUGGUGUCUGGUUCAGACCAGUUCGAUGGUGUCCUGUGGCUGUGAACAUUUCUGAAUUCUUCAGUCUAAUGGUGUUCUUUUCGUCUUGAGUGAAAAUCUUAAAAAAGUUUUUUUUCUUCUGUCUCAAGAAAAGGGUUCUCGUUUUUUUUCCUUUUCUGGUGUGAAUCGGAUCGGUGGUCGAUAAGUGAUGCAACCGAGUAGCUCCGAGUCGUCGGUUCAGCUUUCAGGGCGAGUCGCUGACUCGAGAGGCAAGCAUCGGAUGCAAGCUGAACUCAAACGGCUCGAACAAGAAGCUAGGUUCUUAGAGGAAGAGCUGGAGCAGCUGGAGAAGAUGAAGAAAGCAUCAGCUUCAUGCCAAGAGUUCUCCGACAGUGUGGAUAACAAACCCGACCCUCUUCUUCCCGAAACUGCAGGUCCGGUUAAUCCCGUGUGGGAUCGGUGGUUUGAAGGGCCUCGAGAACCGAAACGAUGUGGAUGCCCCAUUCUUUGAUGAUGAUAUCUCCCUUGAUCAUUGUUGUUCCCUGAAGAGUUUGCAUUUUGUUUUCACAUCGUUUCCACAGCAAUUUUCCAGUUUCACCAGUCAGUGAUUCAUUGUGCAGAUAAAAGUCUACAGAUAUUUACAGCUC